AUGCCAAAUGCAGGACAAUACAUUGCCUGGAGGCUAUGGCCUCAGUGCAAUCGCACCAUAACAACCAUUAUUGUGCGCAGCAGACAACUUGAUGAUGUCAAGAUAGUCGUAAUUGGCCGGCAGUCCAUCAGGCACAGUCUCCCGGCCUGGAAACCAGAGCAUACACGAUACCCCUUACACAUUCAGAAACUCACUGACUCGUCCGAUGAGCCGUACGAGGCCAACACGGUCUCUAUGGCAGUGUCAGGGCAGGGGUCGAUUCCCCGACUGAUAGAUGUCUUGCUCACCAGCCGCGUUUUCCUCCCAAGUGGCGCAAAUCGCGUGUUAUACAGAGACCCUUUCCGUGGACGCGAGAUUUUUGUCGAGUUUGUCCCAACUCCCGAGGUGAGUGACUACGCUCUCCGGCUAUUCAUGAGCGCUGGAUGA